AUGGAUUUUAAGACUGUUACAGUGUUUUGUAUAUGUGCUGAAAAACUGAGAACAAUUUUCAAAACGACACAUCAACAAAUACACUAUGAAGAGCUGGCUUGAGGCAGCUGGUAACAUGGACGACGGGUCUCUGCAGUGCAUGCUAGCCGAGCCCCGAGAAGCUCUACUGCCCAUCACCGGGAGAGAGAACCUUGCUCCCAGGAAGAGAGAAAGAGCACUCGAAGCCUGUUCUCUUUCCGAAGAAGCUUACCUCUCCAGCGGCGCAGGCUCCCCAUGCGCAGGUCUAUCUCGCGAAGAAAGAAGAAGGAGACGCAGAGCCACCCUCAAGUACAGAACAGCUCACGCCACAAGAGAGAGAAUAAGAGUAGAAGCAUUCAAUGCAGCUUUUGCAGCGCUAAGAAGACUACUCCCAACUUUACCUCCAGACAAGAAGCUAUCGAAAAUAGAGAUCUUAAGGUUAGCUAUAUGCUAUAUAGCAUAUUUGAAUCAUGUACUGGAUGCGUGAAUAUCAUCUUGGGAAACAAUUUUGUUGCCUAUAUUUAUGUUUCUUUUUGGAGGGAGAUGAGUUCAAUUGUUUUUGACACUUGUCAAAAU